GACGUCACACCAUUACAGACGGGAGUAUAUCGUGAGCAAGCAUAUUGUUGGGUGGCCAAGUUACGACGCCGCAAUCCUGGACCUUUCUUCGUUGAUCCCAAAUUCACAACGGCCUAGCCGAAUAUAAAUUUCUUUCAGCUUUACUACUGCCAGAUGCGUAUGAGAUGAUGGCAUACCGUAGCUAUAGAGUACAGAAGAAAAGACGGCACAGAGAAUACCCAGUGGAUUGGCCAAGAUAGGUUCUUGAUGCAGCUUACAGGCAGAUAGUUUGGUAAGUUACUUCUCGGGCUUGCUACAAACAUCCCCAUUUGAAUUCUAGCAAGAUUUUAGUACAUCUAUGUAUCGAUAUAUCUGGAGGUUAUGUAUCUGGAGCGUAUAUAAAUCCUAGAAUUCAAUCUAACCUUUUUGUAUAGAGAAAAUAAACAAGAAGGAUCACGAAAAAUACGACCUUAAGAUUUCCUAUCUGCUCUCUAAAGACUGAAAAAGUAGAAAGAAUAUAAAAAACCAAAAAACCUUCAUGACCCCAGCCAUGGAUCGAUCGCCUUAGGAUAACCGAAGAGGGAUCAGACACUUUUCCAACAGUAGCUGUUCGUUUCCCUCCGCAACCAACGCUUUAACCUAAACGCUUACCUUGUACUGCCCACCGUGAUCACCUGCUUUCGUUCUUGACGCAAGUAUUCGAUAGCGCAACAGGUGUGUUCAGCAGUAAUGGGAAGACACGCACGAACAGGUCCAUACAUUAUCGCGUUAUGGCGAUCCAAACCCGCUACCAAAAAAAAUCCACAAAACCUUUAGGCCCCCCAGCAUCUCUGCUAGGAGGUCCCCUUCAGGAGAAACCCGAGUAUUGUAGUGAAUCCUUUCAAAAGUUCCAAAAAAAAAGCAAAAAAAAGCAAAAAAAGAUAUACUAUAAUCUGUUUUUCUUCUAGAGAUAAUUAGUGCGAGCGUUUUUGAGGGGGAUUUAAGGGGAACUUACAUUUACAUACGACCGAGCGGUCUGACGCUUGAUCAGCGCGCGUCCAAAUUACCGGAGGAAACAGUAGUAGUGUUGGCGCUUGUGGGAAUUGGUGCAUAUGGGAGCACACACUAACGGGCUGGGCCAAGCGGACAGGUUACCAGUUUUGAUGGAUGGAUGUGUCUUGUUUGGGGAUAUCAAUAUUGUUUUGUGAUAUUUGUGGGGAUUGGACGUAAGCGAGCGGUAUUGAUUGGUGGGAAGACCUCGGGGUGUUUGUCGAUGGAGGGGUGGGGCUGUGGUAGGAGAUGGGUGAAGGUGUGUGUGUGCUCUUGGGGAUUGAUGAAUGGUUUUAUGUGUAAGUUUUGACUUGGACCCCUUUUACUAAAGUCUGGUUUGCUUUCUUGCACUUGUCAUUGGGCCCUUUCUUCUGCAGUGUGAACUUUUGAUAUACACAUAUUAUAUUAUCGAGAAUAGAGCUAGAAGGUUGCUUCCAGUAUUGUGGUGGUGGACAAGGUGUGAACAAUAAGCUAGAGUGCGUUGUCGUGGAGAUGGCUGGGGCGGACCAGGUCGCUUACUAUUGUUGUGACAAAAGCACACCCGCAUAUUGUUGUCCACCACCAUCCACGCCCAUUGCGGGAUGAGAGUUCCUAUAAAGAUGUCAGCUAGACUCCAUAUCCCAGAGCUGGGACCUCCAAUUCGAGUAUCCAUUUGUAAGUACUUCAUAUUCACCAUUUUCAACAGACGGACAGCAUAUAGCUAAUUACUAGCAGCGAAUUCCUGGACUGCAAAAGCUCUCCGCACGCAGCUGGCCUUACUCAAACGUGAAUCAAUGUUUCCAAAAUUCGAAAGACUGCCCUUCGAGUUGCGGCGCCAAAUAUGGUACGACUUUCAGGAUCUUGAAGAAGCCCGCGUCGUCGAGGUCCGCUGGAGCAAGAGAAACAGACGCUUCUUUGCCGACACUCCCGUCCCCGCCCUCUACCACAUCUGCCAUGAAACCCGCAGAAUCGUCAAGGAGUACUACGAUACUAUGGCCCUCACCAUCGGCGUCACAAACACUGAUCCAGUCCCUAUGAUGCUCCCUCAGAGAGGCUGGCCAGUAGCACAACCCAGCUUCACUUCUCAAUCAUGCUGUCUCUUCCGCAUCUACUUCAACUACGAUCGCGAUACUCUCUACUUGUCAUCCAACCAUUUCGAGAACGGCGACGACGACCGUGAAGGAGGCAUGCCAUUGAAAAUGCGCGAGUUCCUUUCAGCUUUGAAUGCGCACAAGAAGACGUCGCAGAAUUUGCGCGCGCUUGCUAUCUCGGGUGAUCACUUUGAUGUCGAUGUCGUCGGUAGCAGAAUCUCCAACAUGACGGCACUCGAAUACCUCUACUUCGUCUUUGGCGACAACUGCUGUCCUCGAGAGCAUUUCGGUGCCGGUAGACCCCUCGCAUCUGCGCACAAGAAAAUCAUCAACUUUACGAAUGUCAAUGCUCCUAAGCUGCCUACUGUCCGACCCCCUCCUAUGGCUCCGCCAAUUAUCAAUAUUCCUGGUCUUGGUCCGAGAAUGUGUGGUAUCCCAAUUCAUUUGAUUCCUGGAUAUCCUCAUUUCAAUUCUCGUCCGGGUAUCCUCGCGAAGAUGAGUGAGGAGAAGCAACGUGCGGUUAGGAUUGAUGAGUUGUGGCGUCGGUAUGAGGAGGAAUUGUUUGAGUAUUUGGAGGAUAUGAUUGCCACGAGGAUGGAGGGUUCUCGUGGCUUUCUACCACGCGAGGAUUGGGAUGAGUUGGAGACUAUCGCUGUUGAGCCGAUUAGGAGAUAAGGAAGUAAAUGUGAUUUUGUGAGGUGCUGCGAUAAUUGGUUGUGGUAAUGAGUGGGGGUAAUUUCGUAUUAGGAGGAAAGGAGAUAAUGAAAGGAAUGAAGAGGUUUCUCCUGUAGAUAGUGAUAUUAUAAUUUAAU